AUGGGGUCCUUGAAAUGGAAAACACAUCAGCGGGGGCUGAUUAUACUCUGGGUUUUGUCGUUUUCAGGUGUUUUUAGCUUUAGUGAGCUGUCGUUCACCGUCGAGCCCAAGGACGUGGCGGCGUCUCACGGUGAGAGAGUUAUUUUGGACUGUCAGGCUCAGGGCGAGUCGCCCGUCGGCGUGCGAUGGAGGAAGAACGGCCUCCAGCUUCACGAGAGCGGCCGAUUGCGUGUCUUGUCCAACGGCUCGCUCUGCAUCUCCAGCUCAGCGCAAUCAGACGAGGGCUUCUACCAGUGUCUCGCACAGAACAGAUACGGAGCCGUCCUGAGCCAAAGAUCCCGUCUCACCAUCUCAAAUGUGCUGUUGUGCAUUACCCACCCGGUCCCUGCUGAAGUCACGCUGGGCUCUGUGGCCAGAUUCUCCUGUGCUGUCAGUGGAUCAGCGGUUAUCAGCUGGGAACUCAACCAAAGACCUCUACCUCUGGAUUCAGACAGAAUCACUGUUUUGCCAAACGGAGUGCUGCAGAUCCACGAUGUGACAAUGAGGGAUGCUGGGAAUUAUCGCUGCUUAGCAACAAACAUGGCCAGUCGAGUCAGGAGCCGAGAGGCCGAGCUGACCAUCAUCCCAGCAUCGGGUCCGAGGCCUCUCAUGAAACCACACAUCAUAGCAGGACCGCAGAACAUCAGCGCCGGGCUGCGUCAGUCUGUGGUUCUGGAGUGUUUGGCGGAGGGAAACCCUCGGCCGCUUGUGUCCUGGAGCCGGGCUGACUCUAAACCCAUAGACGUGUCCGGAGCCAGAGUGCUGGGAAACGGGAACCUGAUCAUCUCUGCCGUUAAAGCUCAUCACAGCGGCACGUACCUGUGCCGGGCGACCACACCGGGAACACGCAACUACAGCAUAGCGCCCGGAAACCUCGCCGUACUCGUUCCUCCGACUCUAGUAGAGAAACCAGAGAGUCAGACCCGACCCAGAGCUGGUACGGCCCGUUUUAGCUGUCAGGCCGAAGGGACACCUGUUCCCCGAAUCACCUGGUUUAAGAAUGGUCAGGUGAUCCACUCCAAUGGACGCACCAAGAUGUACAACAAUAAACUGGUGAUAACCCAGAUUAUUCCGGAAGACGACGCCUUUUACCAGUGCCAAGCGGAGAACUCUCAAGGCUCGGUUGUGUCCACGUCCCGUCUCAUCGUGGUGCUUUCGGAGGACCGUCCCAGUGCACCGCGUAACAUCCAUGCUGAAACCAUCUCGAGCUCGGCCAUCUUACUCGCGUGGGAGAGACCGCAGUACAAUGCGGAUAAAGUCAUCGCCUACUCUAUACACUACAUGAAGUCUGAGGGACUAAACAACGAAGAGUAUCAGGCCGUGAUCGGGAAUGACACGACCAACCACAUUGUGGACGAUCUGGAACCAGCGCGAAACUACACGUUUUAUAUCGUUGCCUACAUGCCGAUGGGCGCCAGUCGCAUGUCGGAGCAGGUCAUGCAGCACACGCUGGAGGAUGUGCUUAGUGGGGUGCCGUGGGAUUUUUUACUCAGCCGUGGACGUGUUUCUGCGUACCGUCUGUGCUACCGUACGGCCACAGACGAGCAGGUAAUCUCUGUCGAGCUGCCCGUCCCGAGUGAGAACUGCACCCAGUACCUUCUGCAGGGUCUGCAGCCCGACACCAUCUAUUUGAUCCGAAUGUCUGCGUCGACCCGAGUGGGCUGGAGCCAACCGUCCGCCUGGAACUCCCAUCGCACGCCCAAAACAUCCAGCGCCACAGUGCCUCCCGCGCCAAACCUUGAGCUUGAACCUCUGAACUGCACCUCAGUGAUGGUCCGCUGGCAUCCGGCUCCCAGCGACGCCGUCCUCCAGGGAUACAAGCUGUCCUUUCACCCAGACGGCCAAUCAGAGGACUCGCUUCUCCAGCUGCCCCCACAUGACCACCAGCACGCCAUCACAGGACUCAACCCCAGAGUGAAGUACCAUGUGAAACUGCUAGCGUUCAGUGCUAAUGGAGACGGCUAUCAGGCCCAUCAUACGGUCAACACUCCAGGGUGUCCAUCCGCACCGAACCGGCGUUUGGCUGCCCUGCCGUCUCCUGACCACAUCCACGCUACAGCCAACAGCUCCUCGGUGGUCAGUCUGAGCUGGGGCCGCCCUGCGUUCAGUUCUGGAAAACACGUCAGUUACUCCGUCCGCUACGGGCCCCUGAGUCCAUCAGACGCCGCGACCAUGCGCUACGUCCAAACCUCUGAGCAAACGGUAACAGUAACGGGUCUCCGGCCGAACACGCGUUAUGAGUUUGCAGUGCGUCUUCAUAUGGAUCAGAUGUCCAGUCCCUGGAGCGCCAGCGUCUAUCAGAGGACUCUACUGGAAGCCCCGUCGUCUCCGCCGCGGUCCGUGCGAGUGAGUCUGAUCGAGGACGACACGGCGCUGGUGUCCUGGAAGCAGCCGGAUCAGCCGGACCUGUCCGUCACGCACUACACCGUCCUGUACGCCUCGCAGAGCUCGUGGCUCGCUGGAGAGUGGCAGGUUCUUCAGAGAGAAGGCACAAACACGAUGGCUCUUCUGGAGAAGCUGGAGUCGGGAAGUGUUUACCUGGUGAAGAUCUCGGCCUCUAACCAGGCGGGAGACGGCCCGUUCUCCAGCACCGUAGAGCUGCGGCUCACGAGCGAAACACACCUGGGAAAAAACAUCCCGCGUCACGCCGAGAAAACAGCGUUUAUAGACGGCCUGUACCACAUGGAUGAGAAGUCCAUGACCGGCAUCAUCGUUGGCGUGUGUAUCGCGCUGUCCUGCAUCUUCCUCUGCAUCUUCAUCCUCCUCACCAAGAGCACAACACAGAAGUCAGCUUCCUCAAAGAUGAUUGGACAUGAUGUCAUGCGCAGUGCUGCGUCAUCAGCCAAUCAGCAGCAGGCGGAGAACGCAGAGGUUCUGCUGCCGAUGACGAGGACGCACUUCAUUGAUGCCAAAGGAGGAACAAAUUUAAUGAUAAACCACGCUGGACCAAUAAUGAGUGACGCUCAGAGCAAACGGAAAAAAUGGAGCAUGCUUAAUAAUAAUCAGAAGUCUAAUGGAAAUAAAAGCAAGAUCGAGGAUCCCGCUGGUCUUUACGAAGUGGGGAAGACGGUUCUGCGUUACGAAGACGAGCAGUCGCGAGCCUAUUGUCCUCUCGGGGAGUCGGAGAGUUCGCAGACCAGCGGCGCAGACUCGGGAAACUUCUCUCACGAUGAGACGGAAACCGCCGAUCCUAACAGAUCCUCGUACAAAUCCAACGAUGCUUUACGAAGUCACAGACGCUCUGUUGGCUUUGACAAACUUGCACAGCCUUUCCUAAUAACUUUCCCUUCCCGGCCGGACCUGCCCCGUGAAACUCACAACGUCCCAAAGAUGAAGGUCCUGGAGCGGUUUAAACCCGUUCAUGAGCCGUUUCAGAUGAAUGUGUUUCCUAUCAGCGCCGAUGAAUGUUUUGAAGAACGCCUGAUGUGCUUUACACAGAUGGACGAGCGUUUUCUGUUUGUUUUUGAUCGUGACAGAGACGGAGUUUUGUUCUGCUGUCUCUCUACCUCAUAUUUCUGA